CAGGCGAAUGAUGAAGACAAAGAGUGAUAAUACCGCAAACUAAUACGGUCGGCUUAUUCAGGAGAAACAUUUAAUUAAUCUAUUUGUUGUAUCUUAACCAUUUAAAAUAUGGUGUACGCAAUGAAGUGAUAAACCAUGUAAUUUUAAAAAGAAAAACAAGUAAAGAUAUAUCAGUUUACAACUACAACGUAGCAGCAAAGAUUGCAAGGAACAAAAGAAAUAGAGGCGAGAGAAAUACAAGCUGUUCAUCAUGUCUACGGAGGCUGAAUUUCUCGGCGCCUAUGAGCGCAUUAAGGCCUCUAACAAGCGCAUCCUCGCCUGCAUUGAUGAGUCCAUUAGCCAUGAAGAGCACGAACGACCUUUGGAGGCCAUUGCUGGUUAUGAGAAUUGCUUACAAAAAAUCGACGAAACGUUCACAAUCUCCGUAGGACUGCCGGAUAAUAUUGACGCAGUGGCGGCAGAGUGGAGUGAUGCUUGUACAAUAGUGCAGAAAUUAAAGGGUGCCAAAGUAGAAGUGAGCUAUCGUUUGAAGGUUUUGCGUGCUCAACAUGCACCUGUCGAUAGUGCUGCCGUAGAGGCAAAGGAGGAGGAUGAAGAGAGUGGAGCGAUAGCUGAUGGGCGAACUGGAGAAAAUGAUCCAAAUGCUGGUCCAUCACCGAAGAAAAAAUCUCUUUUACUUGAAAAUCCAGUAAUUCAUGAAUGUGCCAGCGGACCAGGCACAACGGCCAAUGCAACGGCGUAUUACUGCAAAGUCUUGGCCGAUUUGCGCCGCGUAAUCGCCGAUCCUGUGGGCAUGGGUAUACUCUUUGACACACUCUUUCACUCGCAGGCAAAGUUGUAUAAGAUUCAGCCUGAUGGUGUGGUGGUCACUAUGGGUGAAACCUCCAUGUCUUUGGUUAUGUGCACCACUCCCAGCGACGAUCAAUGGAGGCAUUUGAAUGGUAUCUCAUUUAUACAAUGCACAAUUCAAACAGUUCAUUCUGCAGCCAACAACGACAUCGAACAAAUUCGUGUAGCGACAAAGGAGACGCCACAAAUGGUUUGGCUCUACGCCCUACUGCCGACGAUCACUACUUGUUAUCGAACCACUUACGGCGCUUUCAUUUUGCCCGACUUGGAAAUCGAUGAGCCCGGGCAUGCUUUUGGGCUAAUGCUAAUCGAAGGCGACUGUGCCGUUGACGGCGCUGAGCAAGCGGCUGUACAGCCAGAGGAACCAGAAGAACUUAGCGACUUGCAUCAAUUCCUCUUGGAUCUACUCGAGGCGGUACUCUCUGGCCGUAUUGAGCUUUUGCAACAACCAAUAGUGGGAUCGCGCGAGCCACGCGACACUAGCGAACAGGUUUCACGCCAUAUUGUUACGGCAGCCGAUUUCAUAGCGCGCAAUCUGGUGCGUGGUGCCGAAAAAACGGGUGAGUUAAUGGUGAAAAGCACGCCGUACAUCAUUUCGAAAAUGAAGCCAGCACCAGCAGAUGCGCCACCAGUCUCGUCGACCGUGCAAACAUCGGUGGCGGUGGCGCGUGAUGUGACGCAUGCGGCUGCGGGCGUCACUGGUUGGAUAGCCGGCAAAGUGGGCUCCGCCUCAAUAGCUAUCGGCCGCUACUUAGCGCCGCAUGUACAGAACGCUGGUUCGACAUUGCUACAAAAGGGUUUUGGCUAUAACACUAACGAGGCGAAUAGCAAAAUGGAGGGUGCCUUGACGAUUGCUGCUGGUGCGGUGGAGGGCUUCAGCACUGUCUACAAUGGACUUGAGACAUCGGCAAAGAUAUUGGGUACGAAUUUGAGUGAAAAUUCGGUGAAGAUCAUUGAGCAUAAAUAUGGCUCUUCAGCAGGUGGAGUUGCAGCCGGUACCUUUGACACACUCGGCAACGCAUUCAAUGUUAGUCAAAAUGUUAACUACAUUACGCCAAAAGGUUUGGCAAAAAAAAUGGCCAAGAAUACGGGUAAAGCAGUCAUCGUUGAUUACAAAAAUAAAUUACGCAACGCAGAGACAAAUUUCGUGCCAGCGGGUGCGCUCUAUCCGGAUUUGCGUACGCUGAAGGAAAAGUAACCUUUGCAUUGGGUCGGGAUUUAACGACAAGUUUACAAAUUUGCCUAGGUUUUCUCUUUUGCUAUUGUAUUGUAAGGCCGAAUUUCAUAUUAUCUCAACUAAUUGAUAUUUUAAUAGGACUAUGAAU